ACCGAAGAAGUGUGUAAAAUUACAUACACCACGGCGUGCCCGUUCCCAUCUCCAGCUCGGAGCAGCAAGGACAACGUAGAGAAGCCAUCAUCCAAUAAUUUGCAGGCAUUAUUGGCUUUCACUUUCUCCCAGCGGCUCUUGAGUUUUGAGCAAAGAGCUCAUGCUUCCUUCAGCUACUUGAUACCCUCUCGAGAGUCGAGUCUCCACCCUCCAGCACUUCCAACGUAACCUCUCCACUCCACUCCCAUGGACGACCAGAGCCCCAAGCCCAUCCGCUGCAAAGCUGCGGUGUGCAGAGCCGCCGGCGAGCCGCUCACCGUCGAGGAGAUCGUUGUCGAUCCACCGAAGGCGUACGAGAUCCGCAUCAAGAUCGUCUGCACCUCCCUCUGCCACAGUGACAUCACCUUCUGGCGCGGGAAGGCAAGUAUACCAUUCAGCCAUGAGGCUUACGGGGUGGUGGAGAGCCUGGGGGAGCAUGUGGAGGGCUUCGCCGCCGGCGACACGGUGGUGCCGACGUUCUUGAGCCAGUGCGAUCGCUGCCCGGGCUGCGCGUCCGAGCACAACAACCUCUGCUCCACGGUGCCCUUCGUCUUCGGCCCCGGGAUGCGGCGCGACGGCACCACCCGGUUCCAUGACUCCCAAGGGAACCCGCUGCACGACCUGGUCGCCGUUUCCAGCUUUAGCGAGUACACCGUCGUGGACGUGACCCAGGUCAUCAAGAUCGACCCCGCCGUGCCGCCCAAGCUCGCCUGCCUCCUCAGCUGCGGCGCCAGCACCGGGGUGGGAGCAGCGUGGAAGGUGGCCAAGGUGGAACCAGGUUCAUCGGUGGUCAUCUUUGGGCUUGGAUCCAUUGGAUUAGCGGUGGCACAAGGUGCAAAAAUGUGUGGAGCAUCCAAGAUUAUCGGUGUUGAUCUGAACCCUGACAAAGAGGAAGUUGGGAAAUCGUUCGGUGUGACGCAUUUUGUUAAUCCGUCGCAGUUGGGCAAUAGUUCAGUCAGUGAGGAGAUAGGGAAGCUCACAGGAGGUGGUGCUGACUAUGGCUUCGAGUGCAUCGGCGUGUCGUCGGUGAUGACGGAUGCCUUCACAAGCACCAAGCCUGGCAAGGGCAAGACGAUCAUCCUGGGCUUCGAGAAGAACAAUGAGCCAAUCUCCCUGCCGUCCCUGGACCUCCUGUCCGGCAAGUGCGUCAUGGGCUCCUACUUCGGCGGGAUGAAGCCCAAGACCGACGUCCCAAUCCUCGCCCAGAAAUGCAUGAACAAGGAGUUGGAGCUGGAAGGGCUGGUCACUCAUGAAGUCGGCUUGCAGGAGAUCAACCAGGCCUUCAACCUGCUCCUGCAAGGGAAGAGCCUCAGAUGCCUCAUAUGGAUGGACAAGUGAAGUGGCAACGGCCGGUGAGUCGUAUUCUGAAUUUCUGAUAAUAAAUGGUGGAGUAGCUGAAUAAGAAAGUCGCUGAUUCAAUUUGCAUGCGUCGCUGAUGUGCUGUCCUCAAGGUCGUGUAUUAUGUUAUUUCGGGGGAAAAGCGGUCGUUGCAGGGCAAGUUCAUUGUUGUUAUCAAAUAGGUGAUCUUAUAUAUUAACAUGUAAUAUUGAGAUGAUUUAAUAAACAAUCUGUACAAUAUGUUGUCUUAUAAGUUGUCAGUUUUCCUUAA